CACCGCUCAGCCCUCUGGGAACGGGUCUUCGGCUCUUGCUCUGCGCAUGUGAGUUUCGUAGCGCUUCCUCCCAUCCGCUCUCGCGGCCUUAGAAACAGUCGGUCUCAGCGUCGCUGGAUUUGUGUAGCAGCAGAGGCUGCGAACCCGGGGAUUCUGAGCCGCUCUCACACCAUGUCCAUCACCUCAUGUGGUAUCUAGAGUUAUGCUCAUGCUCCCUCUUUCCUGAACGUGGAGUUAACAGGAUGAGACUAGAAGAAAGGUUUUCUGUUUUGGACAUUUGGGGGAGCCCCAAAAUAUUUGGCUCGAAGUGAAUGAUUUUCGUAGUCACCCCGGGGAAAAGCCAGCCAGCAGCACAGGGCUGUUUACUCUCACAGUUGGAACCUUCAAGUAUUUUACCUUCUUCCAAGAGCAGCAGAAAAUGAACAUGGUUCAGUGUGUUAUCACAGGGAUCCGUGUCAUUCGAAGACGUGACUGUGGAGUUCACCCAGGAGGAGUGGCCAUACCUGGGCCCCACUCAGAGGGCCCUCUACAGAGAUGUGAUGCUGGAGAACUACAGCCACCUGGUCUCCGUGGGGUAUUGCAUUACCAAACCCCAGGUGAUCUUCAAGUUGGAGCAAGGGGAAGAACUGUGGUCCUUAGAGGAAGAAUUCCUAAUCCAGAGGUACCCAGGAUAUUACCAAGUUGAUGUGCACAUUGAGGAGAACCAGGAAAAACAAGAGAAACCUCUGUGGCAAGUAAUAUUCAGUGACAAGAAAACAUUGAGUAAAGAAGGGCAAAAAGUUUUAGAAAACCCAAUUAAUCUGGAUAUAACUCCAAAUUUUUCAGGAAAAGUGCCCUGUAAAUGUGAUUCAUGUAGAAUCAAUUUGCCACUUGUUUCUGAAUUGAUUGUUAGUGGUAGAUACUGUUCAAGAAAGAAGGCUGAUAACAUAAAUGUAUGUGAAAAGUUGCAGCUUGAUAUUGAACAUGAGAAAACUCAUACUGGAGAGUGGUCUUACAAAUAUAAUAAAAAUGUGAAAGCUCUCAGUUAUAAGAAAGAUCAUCAGAUAUUUCAAACUCUGAAACAGCCUUUCAAAUGUAAUGAACUUGGAAGAGUUUUACAUGAUAGGACUAUUGUCUGUGUUACAGCUCAGAGUUGUCUAACAGGAGAGGAAUCCUGUCAGGAUGAUGAAUUUAGGGAAAACUGUGAUAAAGCAGUUGUAUUUAACCAAAUGAGAGCUGGCACAAGAGAGAAAUGCUUUGAUAUUAAUGAAUGUGAGAGAUCCUGUGACAAAACUAACACUGUAGAAUACAGUAAAGUUCACAGGGCUACGACAAACUGUGAAUGUCAUGAAAGUGGAAAUAACUUCAGCAAGAAUUCACCUCGCACUCAACCUCAGCGAACUGUCACAAGACAGGGUGCUUUUGAAAGCAGUAAAUGUAAAGAAAACUUGAGCCAGAGCUCAGCCUAUCUAGUGCAUCAGAAGACACAAACUGGAGAUAAUUGCUCUGUUUUUAAUGGAUGUACAGAUGUCUACUGCCAGGAAUUAGACCUAACAAUACAUCAGAGAACUCAAGCAGAAGAGAAAUUCUAUGAGUGUACUAAAUAUGGGGAAUGCUUGUAUCAAAACUCACUUCUCAGUGUACAUCAGGAAAGUGACACAGGAGAGAAGUCAUUUGAAAGUGAUGAAUGCAGCAAAUCCUUUUACAAGAAAACACACCUCAUUCAGCAUCAGAGGACCCGCUCAGGAGAGAAAACAGAUGAAUGUGAGGCAAGCAGGAAAUCCUUUUGUUCAAAUUCACACACUAUUCAUUAUCCUGCUACUCAUUUGGGGGUCAAUCUCUGUGAAUGUAAUGAAUGUAGGAAAACUGUCUGUCAGGCGUCAAACCUCAGUGAACAUCUGACAGUUCACACAAAGAAGAACCCUUAUGAUAACAAUGGAUGUGGGCAGUCAUACAAGAAACCCGCCCUCUUAGUACACCAGAGACAACACACAGAGAUGAAACCUUAUGAAAGUAAUAAAUAUGAGAAAUCAUUCUCCAGUGUAACACAGCACAAAGAACAUCAGAGAAUUCACACAGCAGAGAAACCCUAUGAAUGUACUGAAUGUGGGAAACCUUUUGCCCACAAUUCAACUCUCAAAGUACACCAGAGAAUUCACACAGGUGUAAAAUCCUAUGAAUGUAAUGAAUGUGGGAAAACUUUCUCCCAAAAGUCACACCUUACUGCACACCAGAGAAUUCACACAGGGCAGAAACCUUAUGUGUGUAAUGAAUGUGGGAAAACUUUUGCCCAAAAUUCAACUCUCCGAGUACACCAGAGAAUUCACACGGGGGAGAAACCCUAUGAAUGUAGUACCUGUGGGAAACCAUUUGCCCGCAACUCAAACCUCAGAGCACAUCAGAGGAUUCACACAGGGGAGAAACGCUAUGAAUGCACUGAAUGUGGGAAAACUUUCUCCCAAAGGACACACCUGUGUGCACAUCAGAGAAUUCACACAGGGGAGAAACCCUAUGGAUGUACCGAAUGCGGGAAAACUUAUGUCCGUAAGGCAGCCCUUAGAGUACAUCACAACAGAAGGCACAGCAGAGAGAAAACCCUUGUAUGUAAUGAAUCUGGGAUGCCCUAAAGGAACUCAUACAACACAGUGGAGAAGCUCAUGGCACAUAGACUUCCAAAUUGUUUCCUUCAGCUAUUUAGUUUUGUGCUAGGCACGUAACUUGUCUAAAUUCUAGUCCACAUGGGUCUGGUCAUGGAAUAUGAUGUUAUUACAUUUAAGCUAAGUCUGGCCUUAAAAAGUCAUCUUAUAUUGUUCCUGUCUGUGUUAUACUGGAAUGGGGAAAUUUCUAUGGGAGACUUGGGUGCUAUGUAUUGAAUAUAGAACACAAGGUUAAAGAAGCUAGAGUCUGAAUAAUUGGUUGAAAUAGAUUUCGCCACUAACAGAUCUUCACUGUUUUGUUGUUUUAAGCAACAGUUAAGAUUUUACUCUGUUGAGCUAGUACAGAUUUGGGUCUUUUGGUUAAAUGCAUAUCGUUUAGGCAGCUCUCUGUUAGACUGGGAUGAAAUCCUAUAAAUAUAAUAAAUGUCAGAAGACCUACCAGAAUUCAGCAUAUCGUUGUACAUCAGAGACUUCACAUAAGGAAGAAAACUUCUGUCAAUGUCCCUGAAUAAUCAAACUUCAUUAAAAAUCAGAAGUCUUAGGAAAAAAACACAAAAGCCUUUACCACCAAGUGAACUUCACUGAACAUGAAAUAAUUAAGAUUAUGCUAAAAUCUUGUAUUUUGAUAACUAAUUUUUCAACAUACACUGAAUUGCAUCAAAUAAUUUUUUCUGAGUUAAUGUAUCAGUUUUAAAAUUGAAGAUAAAUUCUUCACCUAGAACUGAUGAACCAAAACUUGUGAUUUAUAUGUAAUAUUAAGCUUUAUAGCAACUAUAGAGAAAAAUAUUUACAUAUGCACAAACACUGUGGAAUGUGAAGUUUUAAAGAUGGAAGAAUAAUGUGAACUCUGUGGACAACAAGAAAUGUGACUAGUGUGUGAGCUAUGUGGUACAUCUGUAUGAGUAUGUAACAAAUUUCAUUACUGGUUCUAGUACAAGGCAGUAGCCAAACUUGGUCUCGACCUGUUCACUUUCCUUUUCUGAAUGACAGUCUAUGUGCUGCUUCUGUUUCUUCCCUCAGCUUGAUGCUGUUAGACUUUGGGUUGCGUGCUAUGUCUGAAUAUUGGUCUGGCCCUGUUUUUCUAGGACCUUGUUGAUCCAUGAGAUUUCUCAAGGAUUCUGGUGUGUGUGCCUCUGCGUGUGUGUUUCUGUGUGUGUAGUGGAUGGUGAUUCUUACAUGCUCUUCGGCCUUCAUUUUAUGCCAGCUAAUGGUUCAUUUUGUGCUGAGUAAUUAAAAAGCACCCCUUCACUUUGGGGUGAAGGGGUUAUCACUUUGUGAGGGGUGUCUAUCUAUUACAUUGUUUUGUACACCUGCAACUAAUAAAUAAAAAGCAACUCUUCUUAGCCCUCUUGUAUGCAUUUAGCCUGAGCAUCCUGUCUAUGAUAUUUUCCCAACCCCGUGGUGCUUGCUCACACUGCAUCAUUGCAAACCACUUAAUUUCUACCCUUCUUGUAUAGCAGGUUUUAAAAUUGGAAUAAAAUCAGGGCUACUUUCGUGUCAUAAGCACCACAUUGGUAUUGAAAAAGACUCACAUUUUGGGGAAACAAUAUAGUAUAGGGUAGUCUUUAGCAAGGAAAUAUUUAGUCAGUCAUCAUUUCAGGCUACAUGGUUUGGUCAGCACAGAGAAAAAAGUAACUGAAAUUCUCAUUUUUAAAACCUAGAAGACUAAAAACUUCUCUCAACCCUGGGCAGGUUGCUUUCUGCAAGUAUCAUCUGUUAGAUUCAGAAUGUGGAAAAUAGUCAGGUCAGUUGAUUCCCUGAGUAAGUUUUCUAUUUCCUAUCUUGUGUUGAUAUGGUGUGAGGGAAAAUGAUGGUAUAACUUUAGCACUAAGUGGAGAACAGGUAUUUCUUUGACACUGACUUACCAGCACUUAACUUAGUGGCAUCCCUGCCAAAGGAAAGAGCCAGGAGUGAGAGCCCAGCGCUGGAUGAAGUCUGUAUCAUAGAACCUCUGGAGCUGGCACGCACACCACAGACUGGAUCAGCACUCCUUCUGGCUGGACAGUUCCAGCAGCUAAGAGAAUGUUUGCCUCUCAGUUUCUUCAAACCUUGAAACAACGUAAGCUUAUUGCACAACCAAAAGGGAAAUGAAAGUCAAAAGGCAUCUCUGAUUCCCCCUCCACUCAGCAACGAUCUCACAUGACCUCCAUUUAUAUUAAUUUUAAAAUCAACCUUUUCUCUUGAAGUCAGUGAUCGUGAUAGUAGCAAGAUGAAAUGACCAAGGCUUCCUUUUGGGGCCAUUUCCAGUCACAUAGAGUUGGGAUGGUAAGUACAGAGAAAUAUGGCUAUCCCACCCACUAGGCAACAAAACAUUUGCAUAGUCAGGCCCAAGUUGGAAAAAUACAGAGAGAUUAGCCAUCCAAUGAAUCCUUUUGGCACUGUUGGCAUUCGUCAAAGUAAUAGACACAGUCUCUGAUUUUGGAAUGUUUCCAGAUUCUUAGACCUUAAUUUGAGUCCCAUUUUAGAGUUUCCAGAGCUGGUAUUGAAAAAGAAAACAGGGAUGUGUUCUUUCUGAAUUCCUUUUUCAUCCCCUGUGCUAUACAGUGUCACUCCAAAUUCAUAUUUUGAUGACUGACUCCCCAUUGUGAAUGUAUUUGAAGUGUGGAGCCUUUGAAUAUUUAUAAUAAUGAGCAUUUAUUAAACACACACAUAGGAGACAUUAUACAAAGUACUGGGAAUAUGCCCUGCCCAUGUGGAUCUUAUAACCUGCCUGGGAAAACAGUAUCACUGUAGUGCUGGCUGCCACUGUAAAAGAGAUGCUACUCUCAAAUUUAGUAAGAUUUGUUACAUUUCAGUCCAACAACAGUGGAAUUAAAUUAGAAGCCAGUGACAGAAAGAUCUGUCAUCGAAUUUCCUCACAUACUUGAAACCAAUUAAAACAUGCAUAUGCAACUCAAGAGUUAAGAUAGAGCCAAACGAUUAAAAAGUAUUUUGAGCUGAGUGAAAAUGAAAAAAAAUUUUCAAGAUUAUUGGGAUCUACCUCAUUGAGUACUUAGCAUAAAGCUUUAUGAUUAUAUUAGAAAAGAUUUCAAAUCAACAACAUCAGCUUCUACCUUAAAAAGCAGAAAAAGAACAGCGAAGAAUACUAAAAGUAUACAGAAUAAAGGAAAUAAAAAAUGUCAGUGUGGAAAUUAACAAAUUGAAAACAAACAAGAAAAUUACAAAAAAAAGAAUGUUUUUUGAGAACUGCAUAUUAUUUAUAAACAUCUGUUCAGGCUGAUGAGAAAAUAAAAGAGGACAUACAAACCAGCAUAUCAGGAAUAAGAGAAGUAACAUAACAGCUUCUACAGAUACUAAAAAAAUAAACUUAUGAACACAUUAUUCCAACAGAUUUGAUAACCAAGGUGAAAUGGACAAAUAGCUCAAAAGACUACCUAAUUUCACUAAAUAGCAAACAGAAUAGUCCUGCAUUUAUUAAAGAAAUUGAAUUUCUAGUUUAAAACGUUCCCUCAAAGAAAACUAUGUCUAGAUGUCUUCACUGGUGAAUUCUACCAAAUAUUGAAGAAGAAAUUAUGCCAAUUCUCCGUAACUAAAGAGAAACUUGGAAGAGAUGGGACUACUUCUCGGCUUAUGUUAUGAGGCCAACAUUACCCAGAUUCUAAAACCAAAGACAUUUUUAAAAAACUACAGACCAGCACCCCUCAUUACUAUAAGUGGGGAAAUUCUUAACACAAAUUUAGCAAAUCAAAUCCACCAAUAUCUAAAAAGUCUAGAACAUGCACAAAUGGUGUUCAUCCUAGGAAUGCCAGGUUGGUUUAAUCUUUAAAAAUCAAUCAAUAUAAUUAGACUUAUAAAUAGAUUAAGUGGAAACAAAACAGUCUGAGUAAAUACACAAAAAUCAUUUGCCGGGGCUGGCCCGGUGGCUCAGGUGGUUGGAGUUCUGUGCUCCUAAAACCAAAGGCUGCCAGUUCGAGUCCCACAUGGGCCAGUGA